CUUACAUUGUUUUUCAACUUCCUUGUGCUCUAUAUUGCUUCUAGUAUAAACAACUCUACUCUCUUAUUCCUGUACACAUUACAUCAAUAUCCUUAAGCAAAAUGUCAAUAACAAAACAAACCAGUAGGGCAACAACAAAGACCAUCAUAUCCACCAUUGGAACUAUUGCUGCCACGGCUAUGGUGGCACGUAGCAUGGCCCGAGACUACGUGCCCUCUGAAAUUCAGGAUUACUUUCACCUUGGUCUCCGCCAUUUUUUUAGUCACUUCUCCAAUGAGCUCACUAUGGUGAUCAACGAGUAUGAAGAGAUCGAAAGAAAUGAAAUUUAUGAUGCUGCGGUGGUGUAUGUGGGAUCUAAGGUCUCUCCCAACACGCGUCGUCUUAGAGUUACUAAACUGAAACAAGAAAACAACGUCUCACUCACCAUGGAGCGUGAUGAAGAGGUGAUUGAUACGUUCAAUGGUGUUGAAUUCAAGUGGACUUGGGUGUGCCAACAACUGCAACAAUCCAAUACAUACUACAAUGAUGACCAGAAGAGAUCAUUUCGAUCUGAAGUCCGGUUUUUCGAGCUCAGUUUUAACAGAAAACACAAAGAACAAGCGGUUAAUUCAUACUUGCCAUUUAUCUUAAAAGAGGCUAAAGACAGGAAACAAGAAUUCAGAACAUUAAAGAUAUUCACUCUUCUUUCGCGAUACGACUUCUCAUCAUCGCUCGAUAAGUGGAAGUCAGUUAGUUUCGAUCAUCCUGCAACUUUCGAGACACUUGCGAUGGAUGCACAGCUCAAGGAGACGGUGAUCAAAGACUUAGAGAGGUUCGUGGAGAGGAAAGAGAAGUAUAAGAAAGUCGGAAAGGCUUGGAAAAGAGGCUACUUGUUGUAUGGGCCGCCCGGGACUGGAAAAUCCAGCUUAAUUGCGGCGAUGGCUAAUUAUUUAAAAUUUGAUAUUUAUGAUUUGGAGUUGACGGAUUUGAAGCAGAAUUCAGACCUUAGGAAGCUGUUGAUUUCCACCGCGAAUAGGUCAAUUUUGGUGGUGGAGGAUAUUGAUUGCAAUAUUGAGUUGCAAGAGCGGGUGAGCGCAGGAUCCGAAGACAGAAAGCCUCAGAGUAAAGAAAAAAACAGGGUAACACUAUCAGGUUUUCUGAAUUUCAUAGAUGGACUAUGGUCAAGUUGCGGAGAUGAGAGGAUCAUAAUAUUUACGACGAAUCACAAGGAGAAGCUGGACCCGGCAUUGUUACGUCCUGGGAGAAUGGAUAUGCACAUUCGAAUGUCCUACUGUACUCCAUGUGGCUUUAGACUUCUGGCUGGCAAUUAUCUGGGAGUUGAGGAUCACAAGCUUUUUCCCGAGAUUGAGGAGUUGAUUCUGACUACAAAGGUGACUCCGGCUGAAGUAGCUGAGCAGCUGCUGAAGAGUGAUGAACCUGAUGUCUCACUUGAUAGCCUGAUCAGUUUUGUUCGUACAAAGAACAAGAAAUAUGAAGAGGCCAAAGCCAAGAAAGCAACAGCGGAGGUGGCUGCAUCAGUCACAGAGGCAGCGAAAGAUUGCAAAAAAGGCGAUCAGAGUCAAGAAUCUGACAAAAUUUAAAAACCAGAAGUUUAGCGUACUAGAGCAAGUCCAAUAAUAUUCUAAAAUAAUGUUAUAAACUAAAAUUUAAGACAUUUAGAACAAUGAGAAAGGAGUGAAGAUUUAACCAAGAGAAAAUUAGUGUGAAGAAUUAACGAAGAGAAAAUUAGUGUUGUCGUGUUUGUAUUGAAUAUCUAUAUCUUAUCUGAACUUAUUUUUGAAGUACGAUGUUGAAGAAGACAGUGAGAAAAACAGUAUGAGAUUUAAUAAAAUUAUUCAAAACAUUAC